CUCUGUGCCAUCCAACGGCUAGACAUGAAUUUCUGCCACCCCCCCGUCACGGCUUCUUUCUAACCAGCUUUCCUCGUAGCGUCCGCAGCAAAAUCCUGAAAAAAAAAAAAAGCAAAGAUGACCCAUGCCAAGAAUCAUCGCUGAUCAGAUCGAACAUCACAAGAUAAUUCUUGUCAUUGGAUUGGUGAUCGCAAUCAGGCGAGUUCAAGUGGCGUCGUGGAGUGCGAUCGGUUCGCGCAAGAAUCAAUCUAAAAAAACUAGCGAACAGUCAAGGGAGAAAGAAAGGUUUUGCAAAACAACAGCACAGUUUGAAAUAAUAAUAAUAAUAACCUUCUUGUCGAGGCUUCUUCAGCCAUUAGAUUAUUUGCUGGCCCCCAGUUGCAGUCCGUCCCGGACCAAAGCAAUCCAAUCCGGUGAUAGCAACAUCGCUCUUCUCUCAAUUGAUGUGUCUCUUACAACACACAUUGGAGUGUUUAUUUCAAAUUCUUUCAAAUUCUUUCAGAUCUCAUCAGAGCCAUGGGAAACGCCCUUCCAAUUAUUUUACUUGUGGCGGUGGCAAAUAAAAACCCAAUUGGAAUGAGAUACUCAGCCUGCAGCUAUGGCGUAGCUGGGGAAAACCUGGAGCUGCAACAAGUCAUCGAACCAGCAAAUAAGAUCUCUGAAAUUAUUUAUUUAUUUAUUUAUUUUAUUUUUUUCCCUUUCUGCAGCCCCAAUCAAGCUCAGAAUUUUACCUCAGCAGCCAAUAAUUCGCGAGUCCCAUCGGCGCCAUCGUCCCUGCUAGCCAAUUGAAUUUGGCUGUUUCGGGGCUAUCAAAUCGCGAACCAGCAGCACUACCCCGUAGUAGUUACUGCAGACCCAGCAUCGUCGUCGCAUCGUCGUCGUCCCUAGCACUUCCUGAUCUCAUUCACACCUCCGACUUUCUUUCUUACCAGAUCCUCGGACUCUUGUAUGAAUACGUCUUUAUCGAUGAAUGCUUUAUGGAAUGCUUUUCCUUUUUGCAAAUUGGUAGUUAGUCCCGAUGAGGAUUAACUACACCAAAGAGCGAAGCUGCACGAUAGUGCCCGCUAACCAACAUGGCGAAUUGAUAUCGUGGCAUAAUUCACGAAGCUAAUGCCACCUCUCCCAAGUCUCUCUCCUGUUGGGAAUCAAAUAAACUGGGCCCAGUGAAAAGAGGCAAACCAAUCAAGAGCUUAUUAUUAGCUCGCUAGCAACAGGAAUGCAGUUCUCUGGAAGUGCUGGCCGUGGUUGGGUGGUGACGGCACACAACGUAUCCUGCAGGCUGGCUUGAGUUGGCCCGCCCGUUUUUGCGAUUGCCGCCUCUUUGUUGUGAUUGUCCGUUUAUGAUUACCCUGAGCGGACGAUCCGAGUGCAUUAUUUAUCAUUCCCCGGUUUCCCCUGGUUUUUUUUUUUGCUCUUGCUCUUCUCUUCUCUUCUCUUCUCUAUUUUUCAUCCCGCUGCCCAUCACUGAUCAUCUUUGCGAAGCACGAAAGCAAAAGCCUUCCUGCCUUUCCCUUUCUCAUCAUUAUUAAGGUUAUACUACGAAUUCAGGAGAGAGUUAAAAUGAAGGUUUCCGUAUUACUCUCUGCAGGUGCUUUCGCCGCCUUGGGCGCUGCGCAAGACUGGAGUGGUGUGUCGGACUGUGCUCGCGGAUGCAUUGAACGGAUGCUGGGUCUUGCUCCAAGCCUCGGUUGCAAGACUGAAGAUGUCCCCUGCCUUUGCACGAACAUGGAUUUCGCCUAUGGUGUGCGCGACUGCACAAUCCAAGCUUGUGGUCCGGAAGAUCUUCCAGGUGCCGCCGCUGCUGCAACCGAGUUUUGCCCCGACGACCCGCCAGGCGCGUCCCCAAGCGGUUCUCAGGAUGCUACAGAGACUCCUACUGGCGAGCACACCCCGUCCCCAACGAGAUCAUCCAGCCCGACUGAUUCAACUGCUACACGCUCGGAGUCUCCUGCUUCUACUCCUUACACUACCCAACCAAUUGUAUCAACAAUCACUUCCGGCACUCAGGUAAUCACGACCACUGUCGGCAGCACGACACUCUACUCCCCCGUAUCUGACGCAACCGGAACCCCUCGACCAACUGGCACUGAAUCCGAGCCAACUGGUUCCAGCACCGCUUCUCCAACUGACCAACCCAACACUACCGGCACCAACACCGGCACCGGUGCUACUCCUGAACCAACCGACAACGGCGCCUUCCAUAUGCUUGCGCCUGCCACCCAAGGAAUCAUGGGAGCCCUCGGUGUUGUCGCCCUGCUCGCGCUGUAAAGGUCCGUCCUCGCAAGAUGAUGUCAAACUAUAUUAAUGCUACCCUUGACGAGCAAUGCGUCAAACCAAGCACAUGACCCAUGGGUAUUAGCUGAUGGAAAUGACAACUUUUUUUUUAUUGAUAUCAUGUUUAUAAUUUUAUUUCUACUCCCCUCACCUCAUGACGGGGAGUGAGCCAUGCGCUCUUUUCGCAUUUGUUUUCGCUUCUACCUCGCCCGAAACUGUGACGCGGUUCUCCGGUGGCAUCAAUUGCCAAUUAUAAUAUCUUACAUGCGGCCCAAGUCCAACAUGUAUGGGGAGGGUAAUUAUGGGGCGUCAUUUCUGGUGGAUGGAAAAUAGUAAUAAUGGGCCCUGAUAAAUAAUAUUACCAAUUUAUGACUAGUAACACUGUCAGUGUUGAAGCAUAUUCUUCUGGAUUCCGCCAACAGAAAGCUGGCAUAGUUGGUUAUUGCCAGUGCCAUUGGGAUAAAUAAAUCUAUCUGACCAGCUUCCACACAAACGCAAGAACAGCCACCAAGCAAGCAAAGGUAAGAACCAUAUUUCGAAGAGCUAUCACUCCAUGUUUUCGGAGCGCAUACUCAACCCUCCCCUGAAACCAACCCAGCAGCGUCAUUAGCUCUGGGAAACGGCUGACCAUGCGGAACCUCCUUUCCCAAGAACUUGCACACCGGCUCCCAGCCAUCUUCAACCUUUCCACUCCAACAACCGCGCUCGGGGGGGACAAGCAACAGCCACAAAGCCCACUUUUCAUUUCCCUCCUCACAGAGAUGCUUCAUCGCGCUUGCAUGCCAUUUGUCCAUAUCGCGCCGGACGUUAAAAAUGACUUUUUGGCCUCGGCAUAGGCGGCGAUCAGCUCUGGGGCGAAACAUGAUGCUGCCGAGUCUGCGACAGCCACGCUGUGACCGAGCAGUGCGUCGAACAACUUUUUGCGGGCGAGACGGACCCAGCCUUGGGUGUAUAAUAGUAAGGGGUCUUCGAAAAUGAUGUCCCAACCCUAUCAGAAUCAGUGGGGCCGCGAAAAACAUGUGCCACCCCAUUUAUGUAGCAUUAGUAUUUUUCGGGGGACAUCGAGUUGUGGACAGUGAAGCCGCCACAUGGAGGCCGUUCUGCAGAUGUGAUUUUGCCUCUUCACUUUUGGAAAGGAGGUUAGAGAGAGAGGCGCAUAUGGUAUGUAUGAUCGUAUCCGAGCUUCAACAAGGCAUGUUGCAAUGAUUCAGUUCCGCUACGCAUAGUACUUGCAUGGGCUUCGUUCGAACACGCGGAGGGGGUUCGGGAUACCCAUAGAACCAUUCGCAGAAGUGCCAGAAGAGGCUGUUCAUUGCCAUGGCGAUGGGAUUGGGAAGCGGGCGACAGUGAUAUAUAUUUUAUGAGUGGGCUUUGCGCCGCUGAUACGAUGAUAAUUUUGAAAUGCUUGAUAGUUAUGAGAACUAUAACUAAUUAUGUAAUAUUAGGAUUGAACUGGCUAACUUCUAUAUACUACUAU